GAGAAAGCUGGCUAAGCCCGCUACACCACUCCCCCUCAACCUACCCCCCGCCCAGGGCAGCUGCAGCCGAUCGGCUCUGGGCUAUGCCAGGCAGCAACCACGUUUGCAGCGGGGCGCUCUCAGGGUGGGGCGUGAGCAGCGUCGGGCCAAGCCUAGCAUGGAGCGAGUGAGUCAGAAAAUGUCUGGGCUGCAGCUCAACUUGGGACCCCUGAAGGAGCCGCUGGGCUUCAUCAAAGUCUUGCAAUGGAUUUUCUCCAUCUUUGCAUUUGCCACCUGUGGGGGUUACAGUGGAAAAACCUCCAUUGAUCUCAUCUGCGUCAAUGGCACAAACCAGAGUCUUAUAGCUAAUUUUUCAUACCCUUUCAGGUUGUACAACGUUUUGCUCGGCCCUGGAGUCCACAGCUGUGCGAAGUUGUGGGACAAGACUUACUACCUGUCAGGAGACUAUGCCUCCUCUGCGCAGUUCUUCGUCACUUUUGCAGUCUUCGUGUUCCUGUAUUGCAUCGGUGCCUUGGUGCUGUACCUGGGCUAUUUGCACUUGUAUCGGGGUGCUGGUAAACUCCCCAUGAUUGACUUUGCUAUCACAGUGCUCGUCUCUUUCCUGUGGCUGGUGAGCACGUCGGCCUGGGCAAAGGCCCUCACAGACAUCAAAGCAUCCACUGGCUCCAGCCUUGUGCAUGAACUUGACCCUUGCAAACUCCACACUGGGUUAUGUAAUUUCAAGGAAAUCAGAAGCUUCGGUUCCUUGAAUGUCUCUGUGGUCAUUGGUUUCCUCAACCUGAUCCUCUGGGCAGGAAACGCUUGGUUUGUCUACAAGGAAACCAGCCUGCACAACCCUCCAGCGGCCGCUCCUCCAACCCCAGCCAAUCCCUCGCCCCAUUCGGGGAUGUAAGGAGCAUGGAAAGCCAACCUCUCACCGGCAGGAUGGUCACGGCAGCAGUUUUUUUUAACCCCCUCCCAAUUAUGCAAUUGAUGUGUGAAAAAUGGAUGGGUUUCCUUUUGUGUUCCAAAGCCUGUGUCUAAGAGGAAGGAAUAGAGAUCUAUGUUCUUGCCUGUGUGCAUCCAAGCAGAUCAUGCUACUGUAUUGAAGUUUAUUCUGUGUGUGGAAAAUAAGAACACACACUUCUUGAUUUAAAGCUUAGGAGCGUCUGCUGCCUGCAGCCUCUCAGGGCUGGCUUUCAGCAUACACUGGUCAGCAUACACUGUGUGAACUGAGUUAUGUUGCUUUGCAUGAGGUGUAGCUGCUUCCUGUGUGUUUACUCAGUUCUGCUGAGUUCAGUGGGGCUUACUCCCAAGUAAGUGUGAUUAGGACUGCAGCCUUGGUCUUGCCCAGACAUACGCCUUCGGCUGCCUUAUAGGCAGGAAUGAUAGAUUACACUCAGAGGUGUUCAUUGUUCUUGGGUUACACUACUGUCCUGCUAUGACAGGAAAAGGCUAAAUGACCGAGAGAUACAGUCUCUGUAUGUGAAACUCCAGACACCCAAACCUUAGAUCUGCAACUCUAGGAAUAGUAGAGAACGGGACUAGGGAACCUGUGGCCCUCCAGAUGUUGUUGGACUCCAACUCCCGUCAUCCCUACCUAUCAGCCAUGCUGGCUGGGGCUGAUGGGAGUUAGAGUCCAACAACGUCUGGAGCUUCCCCACAUCUGGUAGAGCAGCCUUUCUCUGUACAUAAUCUGUAUAGACAAAAAAGAGUUGUAAGAGUCGGUGAUAACCAGGAGCUCUGCACAAAAUAUGACAUCUGAAAUGAAUAGCAACUUGGAACGCAAUCCUAACCUUUAAAUCAAAGUUUAGUUUCUAGGCCUUAACAGGUGGUGGGAGAAUGUGAGACUUCAGUGAGGGUAACACUCAGUCUUUCUCCUUGGCCCUGAAUCCACAUCUCUUUUGCGCUAGCGGAGCCUUUAUAGUGCUUCACAAACCAGCUGAACCCAGAAUUUCCAAUUCCCUUUAAAAGGAAAGAACCAAAGAAGCCAUACUUCAUACAGAUUGUACCAUGCAAAAUCAUAACUAUUGGCGGAGUUUGCAAAUUCUCAUUAUCUGGUUAGAUUUUUCCAAAUGUUGAUUUUGUGAUUACAAGAGUUUGGAGGCUUGUGUGUGUGCGUUUUAGCACAGUGUUCCAGAACUCCUGGUUACCUCUUGGCUAAAAAGUUGCAAUAUUAACAUCAAGUAUUUCCUAUUUCUGUGCAUGUAGAAUUCUACCGUUUGGAUUCCUAAGAAUCUCAGCUUUGAUUAUUUAAAAAUGCAAAGUUCUAACUUUUAUAAAUCCCAAAAAUGGGGCUCCAGAGCUCAGUGGGUAGAUUUGUGGAUUUCUAAUAACGUUCCCCAUUGCUAAACAUCCCUCCCACUGCCCACUUCAACAACCUUUGAAAUGGUCUCCUGUUAUCAAGUUGCUGUUCUGUCAAAAUAUUCUGAAAAGGUUCAAAAGAAAGCAUGCUAAUUGAGCAAUUUGUAUGGAAAAUAAGUAUAUUUGCAUAUAUUUUAAUUGUGCUCAUAAUUUAUUGUGAGAACAGUCACAAGGAAAUAUAAUUAUAUCAGAAGAUUUCUCCUAUGAUCUCUACUCAUGCAUAGGAUUUUGUUUGGGAGGAGUUGUAGUUUUCAUUCCUCUUCUGAUUGAUGUAUUUUGCAAAAGCUUUUCAUUUCCUCUCAGCAAUGUCUUUUUCAUCACGUUGUUGAUUCAUUUGGAUUUUCACUGUAAGAAGUCUUGGAGCAAGGAUGGGGAACCUGUGGCCCUCCCGAUGUUGGAUUUCAACUUCCAGCAUUUCUGGCCAUCGACUGUACUGGCAGCUAGCAAGUAUUUUGAAAUAUUUUGGGGUGAGGGGGAUGGCAGGGUCUAUGAAUUGUCACUAUAGGUCAUUGGCAACCCACUCCAUCCACCAUUACAUUUAGAAUUGGGGGGGUAACUACCACUUUGUCCCUAUCACUCCCCCAGUGGGUAGGUGGGUGGCCCUUCAGAUGCUGUUGAGACUCUAGCUCCCAUCAGCCCUGGGCAUGAUGGAACUUGUACGCCAGUAACAUCUGGGUUCCCCAUCCAUGCCUUACGCCAUGCUGUCUCCACCCUACCUAAUCCUUUAAUGCUCAAAGUAAAGAAUACACAGAUUGCCCCCAUUCGAUUGUGUUGAAUGUCUUCAAGACUGAGAGCUAGAGUCUCUCCAUCUAAUAUUCUAAUCUACAGGCUACAUAUACCAAACUUUUACAAUGUAAAAGUCUAAACCAGUAUUGGCGACCUGUGUGAAUUGAGAACUUUUUGACGUGUGAAUUGAGAGCAUGGCUUGCUAGACUAGGGGUGGGCAUAAUUCAGGUUUGUGGGAUCUAUCAUUUUUCACUAGUACCCUGGGGUCCGCCACCCACAGUCAGGUGCAAUAAUGGCUCAGAAAGGCAGAACCAUAUGCACAGUGGCAACUCUGAAGACAAGGCCAGUUUCCUCCUACAUUCCAUUGGCUAUACAUUGGGAUGAUGAACAUAUGAAAGAGCAGAGGUUCUAAUAGCCUAAUUAGAAAAUAAAAGUGCCCUUUUGCUGUUCCUAUGAUCAAAGAGUGAGAAGUCAGAAACCCUUGCUCAUUUUUUAAAAAACUCCCCAGUAAUCAGUCAGUAGAUGGCAACCUACCUUCUGCCCAUCCCUAACCACAAACACAGUCAACACUCUCCUGCAUCUGCAAACAGUCUGUUUGAGAAUUGGUUCACUUCUCACUGAGGAAUCCCUGAUGAGCUUCCAGUGAAUCCCUGGUUUUUCCCAGACUAUUUGAAAACCACUGGUUUAAAACAUUGAAGAAGAGUUAGGCGGUGCUGAUUACAACUGACUCGUUUCCAUUUUGGAAAAUGUGCUUCCAAAAUAGCAUGAUUUUUUAAAAAUCCAAUCCUGAAUACAUAAUGGGUAAUUAAAAUGAUAAAGCUUGUAACUCACUCGUUUUGCUUCCAACAAUUCUAAAUGCAUUUUCCUUCCAUGAAUUAAAUUGAUAACUCCCCCUCCCAUUUCUGUCAAUGAAUUCAUUAUCAGAUAUUCAGUAUUAGAUAUCUUCCCUGGUGCUCCCCCCUUUUAAAGCAGUUCUCCUACAGCGCAAUGCACUCCAGGCUCAUGAACUGUUUGUGAGUGCCUUUGCCUAUAGAAUCCUUGUAGCCCAGUUUAAGGGGUGGGAAUUGGAGAAGCAGCUGUGGCUACAUGGUACACAGGUGCAGUCAUCUGGGGUCUUGGGGGGGUGUCUUUGUCCUUUCCUGCUGAUUGGAGUCAAUCAGAAUGAAAGGAAGUGAGUCAACUGCUGAGAAGUCUCUUCUCAGUAGCUAAUGCUUUCCUCUUUCAUGCUUAUUGCUCCUAGGGACGGCUGUUGUUGUGGGAGAAGGUAUUAACAAGGAUCUCAUUCUCAAGCCAAAAAAGGGGGGAUGGGAGGGGGCGUGGCUGUGCCUAUCAUGAAGGGACCCUGCACUUCUGAAUUCGCCACUAUGCUACUGAUGGCACGUGAGAUUGAUGGCUUCUCCUCUCAUUUAAAUGUCAACAGGCACGAGCUGCAAAGUUUCAAGUGUCUCUGCUGUGAUAAGGGCUAGAAACGUGUGCUUUUCUAAAAAAAAAAAAUUGAAAAGCUGAGAUGCUCAGAAAGCUGAAUUUGUACCCAGUAUUACCUGAUACGCUUCUAUAAAACUGCAGUAGACACACCGCCCUGCUUCUGAGGUCUUGAAAUGAAUUUACCACAAGCUGUUGCAAGUUCUUUAUUCUGGGUUGGUUCCAAUGCUGCCAUCACACUCAUGCAGUAGACUUCUGCUUGUGCAACGGUGCUUUCUUUGUCCCCUCCCCUGCAGCUCCUUCCCCGGUAUUCUCAAAAUUGGGCAACUCUGUGGAGCAGAUGAGGGGGGUGCAAGGAGAGGAAGAUGAAAUCCCGUUGUGUGAGUAGAAUGCUGCUCACAUAGUUUUGGGUUUCACAUGCAUAGAAGCAAGUUGACCUAACCAGUCCCCAAUAACAUUAUGCGUCUUUUGCAGGGGUACCAUGCAGCAUCCAUGUUCUUCAUUAUUUAUGGUUCUGCCUUAAAUCUACACUCAAGGUGUUUGGGAAUCUGCAUGGUGCUCAAUGCUGAAGAGUGAGGGAUGUGACUUCAAAGGCACAAUCCUAAGUAUUGGUGCCUUCAUUUUUUUAAAAAAAGGUUUCUAGGCCUCAUGAUUUAUGCUGCUUGUCCCCCUAACAUUUGUUUCCUGCUUGCUGCAGGUGCGUGAGCAAAAUGUAUGGCUGGGUGGGAAAAAACUGCCUUGCCAAAUAGCCACAGGGAGAUGCCACAUAGGUUUAUGAAGCCGCUAUAUCUAUCCUGCUGCUCAUUUUGAAUAAUCGUUCUCUGAACCUCUCAGGGCUGAACCAAAGUCCUUUUGGGGGCUUCUUUUUUUUACUCCUUAUGGCUCCUUCCCUUCAUCAUUGCUUAGAAUGAGUGUGCAUGUAUUAGACCUGCUAGAGCAGGGGUCUUAGGGAAGGAACGUAGCUCAGUGGUAGAGAAUCUGCCUUGCAUGUAGAAGAUCCCAGGUUCAAUUCCCGGCAUCUCUGAGUAGGGCUGGGAAUAAAACUCCUGUCUGAAACCCUGGAAAAUGACUGCCAGUCAGUGCAGACAAUAGGGAGCUAGAUGGACCAAUGAAUCUUGCUCAGUAUAAGGCAGCUUCCUAUGUUCCCUAACAGCAAGCAAAGAUUCCGCCUAGCUCAUACCAGCAGAUGACUCUGACCUACCAUCUUUUACAAAACUUGGACCUUGUCACAUGGCCUGUGGUCUAUCAGUACUGUAGCUGGUUACCCUGCAGUUCCCUUUGGCCAGCUUCCAGAUUCAGGACCUAUUGUGUGUGGCAGAUUGACCCCUAGGCACACAAGUCACUCAUAUCCAUGUGGAUUUUCCCAUUCAAUUCCUGGCUGAAAAACCUGCCAAGUGAUUGGAUGCAACUGUCAAGAGAGAACUUUUGCCUUGAAUUUGAAGAAAUUGAGAGAUGCAAAAGAGGCUGGACAGAAUUGCACCCCCUUUCAUAUUAGGGGGUGGAUGAGAGCGAAUUUAGAAGAUGCUUGUGCAAAACUCACAGGUGCCUCCCUGGAUCCUGUGCUGCUGAAUGCCAGUGUGAAAUCCCCAUAAUGACCCAAAUGGCAUUAUCUUGAUGUGGCAUCAUUCAGGGGCAUGAUGGGAAUUUUAAAAUGGCAGCACAUGAACCAGAAGGAGUGCCGGUGAGUUUUACACCCCUUGAACUUUGCGCUCUCUCUCUUUAAAUAACCCAAAUGCCCCCCUUUCACCACCACCAUAUGGGGUGACAGAAAUGGGAGGUGAAUUUUGUUACAGUAAUUUUAUUCACCUAACCCAUUUGCCAGUAGCCUGUUUCCAGGUUGAAUAUUAGAUACCCCCACCCAACAAUGGCCAUAUGAAUUGAAAGAAAUGCAUAAAGUGGUUGUGUAGAUAGCCCCUCGAUUUGUUUUGAAUGCUUGUGAAGCUGUUAAAAACACUGAAUACACUUCACUCCGCAAAUAUGUGCAAAUAAUGCUUCCUGCUUUCUUAGUAAUGCUACAAAGAAGCACUUUUUGGCUGGACAGAGAAGAAUGUUAAAAUAUAGCUAACAUCCUUUCCCCCCACCCCCACUUGGGGACAUGUUAUACAUAACAACCUCACAAUUUUUUAACACUUGAUACUAGAUCUUUGCAAAAUCACCUCAGAUGCAGAUAGCACAAACAAAUUCAAACACACACGUAUUCCUCUUGUAAAAAAUGCUGGCUGUGCCUUUUCUAAUCUAUUGCCAGGGAGCUCUGGACGUUACAUGAUUGUAUGGAGCUCUAUUCCAGAUCAGUUGAGCUCAUGUGGCGUCAUUACAAAUGAUAUCUUUCAUUUUUUGCUAAUCUCUGGGCUUGCGUAUCCUGAAAUGGCAGGAUAUGGAGGCUAAAUGCAUUUAUUCUUUUUUUUAAAAGGCACACUUUUAAACUUUUAAAAAUCUCUCACUGCAAUUGUUUGCAAUACCUGUAUGUGUUCUGUACACACAACCAAUGUAAUUAAAAAUUGCUCAUUGAAUAUCACUUGCUCCAAGUUGCAAACGCCUCCAUGCUUUCAGAGUUUGUCAAGAGUAUGGUUGGGCUUGAGCUCGUGUACAUGUUUCUGUGCAUUUGCGAUAUCUUGAUAAAUCUCAGGUUUUAUUUGAAAGGGUGAGGGGAAGCAAGUUUCUAGCUCUCAUGGUGGCAAAUACAAUUCUAGAAAUAAGGGCAGUGGUUAGCUGAAGGUGGAAGUGAGGUAGUCGCCAUCUUCAGGACUACUGAGCAGAUUCAAUUUGAUCGCAGAAUUCACUCCUAUGACUGCCAGUAAGUUGGCAGUGUAAUUGUAUCUUCUGUGUUCAUCUUAUAGAAGAAAAGGGGGGGAUUGGACUGGGUCUGUUUUUUGACAUUUUGGUUGCUUAAUAAAGGUUUUGCCCUAAUACAA